CGCUGGGUGUCCCGGGGUUGGGCUGGGCAAAGCCGUGCCGAGCCGUGCCGUGCCGGGCCGCCCUCUCUGCCUCCUCCUUCCCUCCUUCCUGCCGAGGUCCCUUCCCUCGCUGCCUGCUCCGUGAGGCGCCGCGGAGCUCCGCGGCCCGGCGCUGAGGGCCUUGAAGCCAGCCGUCCCCUCUCCUGGGUUUGGCUGCCCCCUCACAAAGCCCUUCAACACACAGGUACGCGUGUGGAGCUGAACAUAAAUACCCGUGCCGAGUUUGGAACUGAUCUCGUUGCUAUUUUUGUGGCGGUAACUCCCUCCCCUGUGGAGUACAGUCUUGAAAGAAAUGAGAGGAACAGCUAAGUGAUCUUCUCCCAGCAGACGGCUCCUGUGUUGAGGAGCAGGUGUCUCCUUAGGCGUGUGAAGCACACGAUUCCUUGCUGGAUGCCUGACUUGGGAGAAGUGCAGUCCCAGGGGAGCAGGGUCUGCCGGAGGUGGCCGGGAGACCUUCCCGUUGAACCUGGGUGGCUUUCUGAGUUGUCUCCACCUCUCCCAGGGCCACUGCUCACAGACCUGACAGCAGCAGGCCGGAAGGUGCUGCCUGGUGUUCCUCGCUUCUCAGCAGCCCCCUGAGGCUGGGGUGAGGCCCUCCUGUGCUAGGUGCUCUGCGGGCGAGGCCGGGACUCCCUGCCCUGAGCAGCACGUCAUCGUCCCUCUAGACAACGGUAGAAGGAGGUGCAGGCUGCUUCCAAGCUGGGCUCUGGGGAAUCUCAUUCAGCAGAGUGAAAGAUGCUUGGUGUACGUGUCAGGGAGGGGGGACUCGGACCCAAAUCUGUUCUGUGUGUCUGUCCCCCCGCGAGGAUAAAUGAAAAUUCCUGACAAGGAGCUUCUCUGCCUGUGACCUGCCUUCCUCUUUACCCUCGAGGCAUGAGUACGUUGACCUUCCAGCAUGCUGAAAUGGAAGACGAAACGCUCAGCUUUGCAUCCCGGGUCGUUUUUCCCUUCUGAAAGGGAGCAGCAUGAAGCAGACAUAAAAAUGCUUUCCCAGAUCUGGCAGAGGACCAGAGCUAGCCAGAAGAGUGGGUGGAAAAAAGGCACUUGAAGAGAACUGAAGAUUUGCACUGAGCUGUGGGUUGCUUCGGUGGGGAAAGGAGCUAUCUAAGCCAGAAAGAUGCGUGAGUACACCGAAAAGAAGGAAACAUGCGGGACCAUCUGUCUCAAGUACUUGCUCUUCAUCUUCAAUUUCUUUUUCUGGCUGGCUGGUGGGGCUGUGAUGGCAGUGGGCACCUGGACCCUGGCUGAGAAGAGUGACUACAUCAGCUUGCUCUCCUCCAGCACGUAUUCAGCAACUGCUUAUAUUCUGGUGGUGGCAGGGGUGGUUGUGAUGGUUACUGGCAUCCUUGGCUGCUGUGCCACCUUCAAAGAGCGUCGGAAUUUGCUAAGAGUGUAUUUCAUAUUGUUGCUGUGCAUCUUUCUCCUGGAGAUCAUUGCUGGAAUCCUGGCCUAUAUCUACUACCAGCAGCUGAGUAUGGAGCUGAAGCAAAAUUUGAAGAACACCAUGACCCAGAAGUACCGCAAAGAGGGAGAAGAGAGCGUUACCAGCGCAGUGGACAAACUGCAGCAGGAGUUCAAGUGCUGUGGCAGCAACAACUACACGGACUGGGCUGACAGCGUGUGGAUCAGAUCUUCCGAGGCCAGUGGACGGAAAGUCCCAGACAGCUGCUGUAAGACGAUAACCGACCUGUGUGGCCGAAGAGACCAUCCUUCCAACAUCUACAAAGAGAGCGGUUGUAUUACCAAGCUGGAAAACUUCAUUCAAGAGCAUCUGAAGAUUAUCGGUGCAGUGGGGAUCAGCAUCGCUUGUGUGCAGAUCUUUGGGAUGAUUUUCACCUGCUGCUUGUACAGGAGUUUGAAGCCGGAACCAUAUUAAUAGCUGUGGGAACUCUGUCAGCUCCCCCUCUGCCACUCCCUUAGUGCCUGCCAACCUCACUACCCUCCACCAUCACCACAGAAGAGUCUGCAGCCUGAGGACUUGGCUCUACCAUUGAAUGCCUCUCGAACAGCCUUACCUGCCCCUUCAGGGGAAGGUCACCCUCCUCGUUGUGUUCAGGGAGUUCAGCAGGUCCUCUUCACUGUCGAAACAAAAGAGCUGCGGAUCUUCUGCUGGAAGCUUUAGCAAAGCAGUCCCUUGAUUAUAACUACAAAGCAAGAUUUAUCUAGGGCCAUUUCUCUUGGGGCUCUGCCUGAGCCAACACAAAGGUAUCAGGAUGCUACGCAAGAACCACGGUUCGCUCUCUGAGAAGUGGCUCAGCAUCACCGGGCAUUGACUAUGAGGACAGAUGAUGUUUCUGCGCUGAGCUGGAGCCAGAGCUGAGUCUCUCAUACACUGAAGAUUUCUCUCUCCCCCCCUGCGUGUGCGGUGAAGUCCUAACACAGCUGGUCUCCAUAUGAGAGGAUGCCUGCCUGGUUGCUUGGGGCACGAACUGCACUCCCUGCUGCUCGGGAACACAACUUGGUGCGGCUGAAAUCUUGUCAUGACUCCGAUGCUGCCACAACGUGGGUGCCUUAGGAUUUCUCAGCAAUCCUUCCUCCUCUUCCUUGAAGCUUCCCUGCAACACAGUGCCAUCGGGAACCACAAGAAGCCUGCUGCCUCCUUGGGCUUCUAGAUCAAAGACGUUGGACUACUUUCUAAUUCUUUUAGGUCUGGUCUGGUUUAGGUAGUGGCUUCCAGUGUGAAUGAGAGAACUCACGGUUGUUUCUUGCCUACCCCCUGCUGAGAUUUGGUGAAGAGCUGGUCUGUCUGUGGAACUGAGGUGUCUUGCUACCACUUGGCCUGUUUGGUUAGUGCAAAGACCUUAUCACGUCUCUUGCAUGUUGAGACACACCCUGGGCUCGACGGUCUAAUUAAAACCUCCAGGCUUGUUCUCUCUUGGGUGGGAAAUGAAUAUAUACAAAUGUUGUAUCAGCCUCCAAGGAGCUCAUUAAUCAGAUGAGGGUUUUCUGGCUUUAAUGAGAUCUAGAAGCCGGCUUUCCAGACCAUCUCAGCAGUAACCAUUAGAGUCAGCUUCACCCAGUCGCCCCAGUGUAUUUAGUAAAUUGGUAGUGCUGGGUUUAACUGUCUGAUUAAUUAAAUAGAUUUAAUUAACUAUUAUUUCUGCACUGGGAUCCUGGAUACAUACAGGACAUAGACAUGACUGUUGCCGUUGACUUAGUGCCACUGUCAUGCCAGCCUGAAUUCAUAGGAUCUUCUGUGUCUCUCCUGUCCCAGGGGUUUGGGUUGUUUUCUUCCUAAUUGUCCUGGAAAGGGUUCUCAUCGGGAAUCUUGUUUUCACCAUCCCAGUAGGCCUGGUACAACCCUGAAGCAGAAAGGGCUGCAGGGAUUUGAAGUUUCUAGGCUCUGAAGACAAGCCCUUUUAUGAGCAAAGUAAUUUAUUCACUCUCUUGGCCUUUUGGUGGUGCCCCGUCCCUUGCCAGCAGGCAGUUAACACCUGCAAAAUCACCCAUACCCCUAAAGGGUUUUGCAGCGUUGUGGGGGUUUUGAUUCACAGAGCAGAAAUCCAGGACUGGCUCCUGCGGGGAGGGGCGAAGGGUGACAAGUUAAAAUUCUGAGCAGGUAAAUCUGAAACUCCCCCAUCAACAUCAGCACCGUGAAAUAAUCCUUAACACUAAUGCGAAAAGAGAGGUGGAGGAGCGGAGCUGUAUCCUUGGUCCCACAGCAGUGGGAAAGAGGGGAAAGAAAUCUAAAUUAUUGUGUAAUGAUCUAAAGGAGAAACCUCUAAAUUAUUUCUUGUUUUAUAUUCAGGUUCCUGACAAGUAUUGACUACUAACUACGAGGAAAAUAUUGAGCAUGUUGCUUGAAGCAAUAUUUCUAGUUUCUUAAGCAUAUCUUCUUAGCUGCCUUUGCCUGUUCCCUUGAAAUACAUUGUACGGGGUUGGGAGAGGCUAGGAAGAAUGAGAUAGGAACAGCAAGUUGGCUUGUGUCCACUGAGUCGUUUUAUACUUUUUCUCUGUGUAAUAAUAUUCAUUGCUUUUUUUUUUUUUAACCCAGUUUAAGUUGCUGGCCAAUAGGAAAAUAAAGCUUAAGAUUCUGUA